CAAUAUAGUUUUCCCUUUUAAAAAGCUCACAAUCUUUCUCAGUUUCUCGAUCCUAACUUUGGAACUUGUUUUUCACUUCGUUUUCCAGGAAACAGUUUUUUCCUGGGAAAAUAACGAGCCCAAUUUUCCAUCGUACCGAACAAAAAAUAGAACAAGAAGCUUUUUUGUUGUUGAAUGGGGCAACAACAAUCGAAAGACGAAUUGCUAUACAAUCAAGUCAAUUAUGGUAAUUCAGAAGGGAUCAAAUCUCUUGCACGUGAAGGCGCGGGCCUUGAGUGGAUUGAUAGAGAGGGGAAAACGCCGUUGAUAUUAGCGUGUUUGAAUCCACAGCUUUUUGGUGUAGCCAAAACUUUGAUCGAACUCGGUGCUAACGUUAACGCUUAUCGUCCAGGUAGGCUUGGCGGGACACCCUUGCACCAUGCAGCAAAGAGAGGCCUUGAAAAUACAGUCAAAUUACUUCUUUCCCAUGGAGCUAAUCCAUUGGUGAUGAAUGAUGAUUGUCAAACACCUCUAGAGGUUGCUAGGGUGAAAGGAAACGUCAAUGUUGUGCGAGCAAUUGAGGAUCACACAUGUUUAUUCUCUGGUUGGAUGAGGGAGUGCUAUGGGCCAGGGUUCAUUGAAAUGUUUGUUCCUCAAUUGCUUUCAAGAAAAGUUUGGGCUGUUGUUCUACCUACUGGUUCCCGAAAUAAUGGCAAACCCUUCAAGUUGGAGCUGGCCAUAUAUUCUAGUUUGCAGGAAGCCCAACCACGUACAGUUAUUUCAUUGUGGAAAGCUAAUUUGGAGGAGCCGAAGCUCAACCAGCCUGAUCCUUCUGUGGCAAUUGUCGAUAAUUCCAGCAUCUCAAGACGCGGGAGGCGGAGACGAACUAUUUACACCUCCCGAGAGGCGAGGUGUAAAGCUGGAAUAGUUAGGCGUAAGCAUGAAAUACGCAUUAAACUUGCACCAGGCAAUGAAAAUGACCGACAGCAGCUGCAGUGGUUUUGUGAUGCAUGCAAAGGGAUUCCUCAGGCCAGGGGUCCUGCAUUUCUGCAUGUUUCUCAGUCUCCGACUGCUCCGGCAGUUGCACCAGCAGAUGAAGAAGAUUUAGAAUUAGCAAUGGCAAUCAAUGCCUCCAUCCAGUCAGCUAUUGCAGAGACGCCCAAUUUUGAUUUUCACUCCGGCAAUGAAGCUAGUUCAUCCAUGGUUUGGGCCGCUGCAAGUACUAGCGGGUUAGGUGGCUCAGCAGGACCGAUAGUGGUUCCUCCUUCAAAAGCAAGUAGUAGUGAAUGGAAAAUGACCGAAGCUGGCUCCAGUAGCAACACAACCGCAAGCACCAACAUCCUUGAUAGUAACAUGUCGUCCAACCUUACGGGGGUAAAAUCUGCAGAUUCAGUCCCAACAGCACCACCGGCCACAGACGAAAUUGUAGCUGAUGGUCCAAUUAAAUAUCCAUCAAUUGAUUCAACGCCCAUCACAGCUGAAAACUUACCUGCUAGUGCUGGUCAAACAAAAGAAGAUGGAGGCCCUUCUUCAUGCACGAUAUGUUUGGAUGCUCCAUCGGAGGCGGCUUGUGUUCCCUGCGGCCAUGUUGCCGGAUGUAUGUCAUGCUUGAACGAGAUCAAAGCCAAGAAAUGGGGUUGCCCUGUUUGUCGUGCGAAGAUCGAGCAGGUUAUAAAGCUGUAUUGUGUUUGAUCAAUUUUGCAUCUGAAAUUUGUAUAAGCUAUUAAUGUUUUUGGGUGAUUUCUGGACAUUGAAGAAGCUUGUCUCUAUUU